CAUCUUCCCGUGGAUUCCAGCAACAAUUCAAUUUAUUUUCACAUUCAUCCUGUUGUAUUCCAAGGUUUCCAACAGCAAAAACGCGCUUCACAUUUUUCUUUCGUUAUACCAAAGUAUCCGCAAUCUUUGGAUGGAUCAGAUAAACUGCAAGUAUCAGUCUGGAUGUCACUAUAUCCCGAAAUUGAAGUUUCAUUGAAUGUUAUUUGUAAUAAAGACUUUAUUCGCGUAAAUGCUCCAUCCUUAAAGAUAGGCAACCAUAACCAAACGUAUAUAAGUGGUGAUUUGGAACUGAGGGAGGAGGGAUGCGGUAACUAUGGGCCAGACCUUGAAAGACUUAAAUUCUUUGUUGAGCACCAAACUGCGAAUCGACUACAUUUAAAAAUAUUUGAUCCAACAAAAUCAAGAUAUGAGAUCCCUGAAGACAUUGUUCCAAUUUCGUCAAUCGAGCCAGUCCAAACAAUCCAAAGCGAUUCUCUUUAUCAAUUCUCAUAUAAAACCGAUCCGUUUACAUUUUCGGUAGUACGCACCUCAAAUCAGGAACAAAUAAUAAAUACUGAUGUAUCUGGAGUGGAUUCACUUGUGUUCGAAGACCAAUAUUUAGAAAUAACAUUCGAACUACCAGAUGAUCCUAAUAUAUUUGGUCUCGGUGAAGUAGUUCGGCCUUUGCGAAGGGAUCCACGUGGUACUUUCCAAACAUUAUGGAAUAGAGACGCUGCAACACCUACUGACGAAAACGUAUACGGUGACCAACCAUUUUAUAUGGAAAUACGAAAUGGCACUGCGCAUGGCGUGUUUUUACGAAAUUCUAACGGAAUGGAUGUGACAAUCAUUCCAGGGAAUCCUCCUAAAUUGACUUGGAAAGUGAUUGGAGGUGUGUUCGAUUUUUACUUCUUUCUUGGUCCAACUCCUGCAGAUGUGAUCGCACAAUAUACAGAGCUGGUAGGAAGACCUGCAUUACCACCGUAUUGGGCUCUCGGCUAUCAUCAAUGUCGAUGGGGAUAUCACAAUGUAUCAACCCUCUAUAAUGUUGUUUCUGAAUUCCGCAAUCACAAAAUUCCUCUUGAAACAAUUUGGAACGACUUGGAUUACAUGGAAGGAUUUAAAGAUUUUACUUGGAAUUCCAUAAAUUAUCCACGUGAAGAAAUUGCCAAAUUUGUAAAUAUAUUACAUGAGAAUGAUCAACAUUAUGUGGUCAUAGUUGAUCCUGGUAUAAAAAUUGAGCAUGGAUAUUGGGCAUAUGAUGAGGGUGUCAAGAGAGACAUUUUUAUUAAAAAUGCAAGAGGAGAAAAUAUAGUCGGUCAAGUUUGGCCUGGAUUGACUAAUUUUCCUGAUUGGUUUAACAAAGAUACCGAAAAAUAUUGGGGUGAUGCUAUCGAGAAGUGGUUAUAUAAUGUUGAUGUUGACGGAUUAUGGAUCGAUAUGAAUGAGCCGGCAAGUUGGUGCAGAGGCGAAUGCACAGAUGUCAACAUUGUAGAACAAAUUUUGCCUUAUGGUCAAGCAAAUGAUCAGGAAAUUAAUAAUAUUUUGAAUAACGGACCUGGCUCAAUUACUUCCCCGGCUACUAUAAUGUAUAAUUCGAAUCUAAAUGAUCCACCAUAUAGGAUAGACAAUGGUGGUGCGAGAUUACCAUUAGAUUCACUUACGUUAUCUAUGGAUGCACGACACGCAAAUGGAUUUCUAGAAUAUGAUGUACAUAAUUUGUAUGGGCAUAUGGAAGCGAUGACAACAUGGAAAGUAUGGACUAAAAGGUUUGGAAAAGGAAAGAGACCGUUUAUUAUCACAAGAUCAACUUUUGCUGGUACAGGAAAAUAUGCAGGACAUUGGACAGGUGAUAAUUCAGCAGGGUGGGAUGAUUUAUACUUGUCAAUACCUGGUAUUCUGAAUUUUCAAAUAUUUGGUAUACCUUUGGUUGGCGCGGAUAUAUGUGGGUUUAAUGGUCGUACUACCGAAGAGCUAUGUCUUAGAUGGAUACAACUUGGAUCAUUUUAUCCUUUCAUGAGGAAUCAUAAUGCAUUAUUAGAAAGCUCUCAAGAACCAUAUAUUUGGCCAUCAGUAGCUGCAACAUCUCGCAGAUACCUACGUAUUCGAUACUCACUUCUUCCAUACUACUAUACACUCUUCUAUGAAUCCCACACAUAUGGUUCCAUGGUCCUACGACCUCUGUUCGUUGAAUAUCCGCAUAUUAAGUCAGCGUUAGUAGUUGAUAAGCAAUUUAUGCUUGGAGGAGGAAUAUUAGUUUCACCUGUAUUGUUACCACAAAAGUUUGAAGUGAAAGAUGCUUACGUACCGCCUGGAAUAUGGUAUAACUUUUAUUCACACAACAUAAGUUUUGAAGUUCAUGAUAAUUCAGGCAUAUACUCUGAUAUCAAAGCACCUUUGAAUGAGAUGCCAAUACAUUUAAGAGGCGGGCAUAUUAUACCAAUGCAACGCCCCAGAAUGACUACAGCACAAAGUAGAAAGACGAAUUAUUAUCUGACAAUUUCAUUGGAUGAGAAUAAAAGUGCCAAAGGAACUUUGUAUUUUGAUGAUGGUGAAAGUUUAGAUGUCAAAGGCAAAUAUACUUACAUCUCAUAUACAGUAUAUAAUCAAAGUACUUUAGUUGCAGAUGUUAAUUGGUGUGGAUACGAUGAUGGUAUUAUACUAGAUAAAAUCAUAAUUCUAGGAAUUAAUAGGGUUGCAAGUGCAAAAGAUGACGGAAUCGUUUUAAAGAGAAAAGUUAGCAGAGCUACACUGAAUGGAAUUGAAUUUGAGAUGAAAGAGGUGAUGGCAGUUUAUGGGUAA